CUGCGCAGCCUCAUCUCUGCGCUGAUUCUCGGGAGCUCGAUUCUGCCUCUUCCUUUUCGUUUUAGAUGGCGACAGCGCACAGUUAAGCUCGGGCGACUGCUUUUAAUUUGCUGCAGGGUGAACUUGCAGGCUGCGUGGAUACCGUUACCGUUUUGCGUCUGAAGAGGUUAAUGCAAUAAAAAAAUACAAUAACGAGAUCGCUGCACAUAAAAAAUGUCGGCGUUUUCCGAGGCCGCUUUAGAAAAGAAACUCUCGGAGCUCAGCAAUUCCCAGCAAAGCGUUCAGACAUUGUCGUUAUGGCUAAUCCACCACAGAAAGCACUCGAAAACCAUCGUUACGGUUUGGUACAACGAGCUGAAAAAAGCCAAGGUGUCACGCAAGCUGACUUUCCUGUACUUGGCCAAUGACGUCAUCCAGAACAGCAAGAGGAAAGGGCCAGAGUUCACAGAUGACUUUGCACCAGUUAUUGUAGAUGCCUUUAAGCAUGUCUCCAGUGAGUGUGAAGGGGACUGUAAGAAACAGCUGGGCCGGGUUCUGACCAUCUGGCAGGAGAGGGCGGUGUAUGAAAAUGAGCUGCUUGACAAGCUGGCCCAAGUCCUGCAUGGUGAUAAGAAGCCCAAAAAGCGCCCCUAUGAGGAGAUCCAGCUGGACCAUGGUGACUUUCCAUGUCAGAGUUCACCAGAGGAGCCCCCACAGACGUCGGAGUUGAUCCGGGCCCUGCAGGAGCUGGAGAAUGCAGCAUCUGGAGAUGCCUCAGUUCGGCAGCGCAUUUCCUCCCUGCCCCCUGAGGUUCUGGACACUGCGUUGCUGAACAGGAUUACUGACAGGGAGUCCGGGGAGCGUCUGUCGCGGCUGGUGGAGGAGGCGUGCCUGCUGCUGGCCGACUACAGCGGCCGGCUGGCGGCGGAGAUCGACGACCGGAGACAGCUGACGCGCACGCUCGCCUUGUUCCUGCAGAGCCAGCGCGACAGCCUGGCCGAGAAGGAGCAGAAACUGGAAGAGUACAAGCACAAGUUGGCGCGAGUGUCGCAGGUGAGGAAAGAGCUGCGAUCUCGGCUGAGCAACCUGCCCGACCUGUCCCUGCUGCCCAGCGUGACGGGCGGCCGCUUGAACCUGCCCUCCUCGGGGGAUCAGUACGCCUCCGACUGACAGGUCUCUCAUCAGCCUGCACGCCCCUGACGAAGCCCCACCCCCUCUCUCUCUCUCUCCGUGGGUGAGCUGUACUGGCAAAGCAUCAAGGCGCGUUUCAGAGGGGCUGAUUGGAGACCGAAGUCCGUCGCUGCCGAUUGCGAGGCACAAUUGCGCAAGGCCUGGAUUUUGCCUCCAAUCAGCAACUGUGAAGCGUUUUCCGUGUUCACCUUACCCCUUUGCUCUGAUUGGCUCCUCCUUACCCAGCACACAUUUUAUUUGUCCUCUUUUUCUCCUUCCUUUGUCAACACCCACAACUCUGCAGUAAGUUGCAUCCCCCUAAAUCUUGUUUUUGAAUCAAUGGUGGCUAGACAAAUGUAGGAAAAAUAGGCAAUUGCAUAUAAUUGCAUUUAUAAUUAAACAUUCAGUGCAGUGCAGCAGAUAAUUCUACAUUUAGUUGCAGUAUUUUAUAUUUUAUUUGUUGCUUUAGCUUUACUGUGGCAUCACUGUGUAUCUGUUUACCAUAUACUGUCAUGAAGUUGGGCCAUUCCUCCACCUUUGAGCUGAAAAUGGCAGUUUGGGAUAUUGGCCGGUAUAUUUUAAAAAAAUGGUCUUUAUGUAUUUAAAAUGGUGAAAUUUAAGAGACGGCACUGACUCAUUUUUCCACAGAGGUUUUAUUCAUGAAAAACAAGCUGCCUCGGCAGGUCUGCACCACAUUAUUUAUGAUAGCAAUCA